AUGUCGGGGAAAGGGGCGAAGGGGUUGAUCACGGGCAAAACCUCUGCCGCCAACAAAGACAAGGACAAGAAGAAGCCGAUUUCCCGUUCUUCUCGUGCCGGCCUUCAGUUCCCAGUUGGUCGUAUCCACCGGCUAUUGAAGUCAAGGACAACCGCAAAUGGUAGAGUCGGGGCUACAGCUGCUGUUUACUCCGCUGCAAUCUUGGAGUAUCUCACUGCUGAGGUAUUGGAGCUGGCAGGGAAUGCUAGCAAGGAUCUCAAGGUCAAACGUAUCACUCCCCGGCAUUUACAACUAGCCAUUCGUGGGGAUGAAGAGCUGGAUACCCUGAUAAAAGGAACGAUUGCUGGAGGAGGAGUGAUUCCUCACAUUCACAAGUCUCUUAUCAACAAGUCUUCCAAGGAGUAG